GAGGCGAUCAGCCCAGCUGAAUGCCUCGCUAUUUGUCUACGGUAAGCUUUAUUUAUUAUUAGUAUUUCAGUAUUCUCAGACUAAAAUAUAGUGUAGUUAUUUUCUAUGCAUUAUUUUAAAUGUAUGGUAUUUCUUUGUAGAUACCUUACCAGGGGGGAUUAGUUCAUGACAAUCAGCUUCAGCUAUCGUGUGGGCUCAAGCACUGUGGCAGGUAUUGUUGGGGCUGUGUCCCAGGCCAUUUGGGACUGCCUGGUGGAGGAGUACAUGCCUGUGCCAACCAAGCAGGACUGGAGGGACAUUUCUGAAGGCUUCCUUCAGAGGUGGAACUUACCUAACUGCUUGGGUUUCAUCGAUGGCAAGCACGUUGUCAUCCAGGCCCCUCACAGCUCAGGGUCACUGUACCACAAUUACAAGGGGACAUUCUCCAUCGUUCUUCUUGCGGUUGUGGACGCCGACUGCAUGUUCCGGGUCAUUGAUGUGGGGGGUUACGGUCGCAACAGUGACGGUGGGACCCUGGGCAACUCUGCGUUUGGUUUGGCCCUGAAGAUUGGAACCCUGGACCUCCCAGAGAACUCCAUCAUCCCUGGAGCAGAGCCACGUGGACCACUGCCACACGUCUUCGUAGGUGAUGAGGCCUUUCCUCUGCGGACAAACCUCCUGCGCCCCUUCCCUGGGACAAACCUCUCCAGGGAGAAGAGGCUUUUCAACUACCGCCUCAGCCGUGCCAGGUUGACAGUAGAGUGUGCCUUUGGCAUACUCUCCAGCCAGUGGAGAAUGUAUCGGCGUGUCGUUGGUGUCAACCCAGCAAAGGCGGAGGUUUGUGUGCACCUGUUGUGGUGGUGGUGGUUGAGGUGCAGGUGCUUGAAUAGCUUCAAGGGGAUGCUGGAGGCUGACCCCUAAUUACAAGGGAAACUCCAGCCUCACUGGCAGGCUCAUCACUGGCCUGGGUGUCUUGCCCGUCUUGGGUGGCUGGGGGCUCUGGCUGGCUGGCUGGGGGCUCUGGCUGGCUUGCCACUUGUCUCCCUAAAAUCAAUAUAUGGAGCUAGGAAGCUCAUGGCCGCAGCGUACUUCCAUGGUCUACCACUCCCUGAACCUGCUCCACUCCUGCACCGAUCUUUCUCCUUAUUUUUUUCUUUUUUGUAUCCGGUCCUCAACGUCUUCCAUUUCUUUUUGCAUACAU